UUAUAAAACGGCAACUACUUUCUAGCUUUUAGCAAAAAAACACAAAUUAGGCAUUCGAGGUUCUGGGGAAAAUAUCAUCAUGUGUCCUUUAAGAUUUAUCUUGGUGUUCUUUUCGGCAUUAUUGGCUGGUUAUGUAGCUUGGAGGACGGUUCGUUCUUCUUCGCCAGAUAUAGAUUUUACAAUUCCUGAGGAUUCUAUGGUUGAAACAACUAAUGCUCCUCAGAAAGAGAAACAAGAAUUCGAUUCCCUUGAGGUGAGAUUUCCAUGUAACUUUCCUAAGAUUAUUCAAAAUGGAUUCUGGAUUUUUGUGGACAUGGCAAGUGGGAAAUACUUGUGGAGGAAUCUCAAGUCAUUGCAGAACGUUGACUAGUCAAAGAGUUAUUAGGAAACAUUCUGGAAAUCUCAGUUUUUGUACAAGGAGGUUUAGAAGUGGCUAAGACAAGAAAUGUAAACAAUUAUGCCAACCCAGUGUACAAGUCAUUGUUUUUGUAGAGUUGUGUAAUUAAUUGACUCAUCAAUGUAAUGUAUCUAUUCGUUUCUUCCUUUCACUUUUAGGGACUAAUCAAGAAACAUGUAAAUUUUUCCUAAUGUAUCAAAUAUCAAUAAAGAGACUGAAA